AUGGCCGAAAUUCAAGUGUUCAAGACAAAGAUCACAAAUGCUUGCGCCCUGCUCAAAUCUCAUGAGCCGGAAGUCAGCAAGCUUGAUCAGAGCCUUCGCAUCCCUACAAAUGGAGAACAAUCAACGCACGCAGCAAAGCAGUUCCACGACUCCUACGUUAUCAAAGCCAUCGAAACCAUCAAUGCACGAACAGAGCAUAAGGAACGAGAAAAGCUUAUGCUAGAUCUGAACAAACAUCUGGAGGCUGAAUCCAACAGCCUAGAGAUUUCCGUCAUACAAUGGCUGACCAGAAUCGACUUCAGGAAAGAGGAAUUAUUACAACAAACUGCUCUGCUGACCACAUCUCAAGCCGCCAACAGCCAGUCUCUUAACAGUGGUGCCAGCAACGUCACCUUCUACCAUGUGCCCACACAUGAAAAUAUAGCGGACUGCGCGAAGAAGAGUGACCAAGAGCGAUCUUCAUCAUCACCGUUGGUGGUGCGGACCAGUGGAAGAGUCCAAUGUGCAGUAUGGCCUCUAGAAAAGACGAACGAUUACUCCAAGCUGGUUCGAAUCACAGCAUACUGCGCCCGGUUUAUUCGCAAAGCAACGAAGGGCAAACUCCUCGCUCUGGGCGAAACCACAUCGUCUACAGCAACACCGUCAACAGAAGAAAUUAUAUUAGCUGAACUUCUUCUCAUUCGCCAAGAGCAAGCCAUCCACAAAUCGGCGUUACUGAUGCAAAACAAACAGCUGAAUAUGAAUAUAGACGACAAUGGUAUAUUCAGAAAGUACGGCCGACUCCAAAACGCUGAUAUUAGCUUCGAUACUGCUAACAUUCCACAUACCAAAGCAAAGCAAAUUAGGAUAUUUGAUCGCAGCUCGGUUACACAAGCAGUCAUCACUCUAUACUUAGCGAUAACGGCAGGAGUGCCACUAAAGAUACUUAGCGAUAACGGCACAAACUUUCGGCUGACUGCAACUCUCCUAAGUCAAAGCCCUAACACCGAUGAGGACCUACAUUUAUCUCUGUUUCUCUCUGAACAUGGAAUCAAAUGGAACUUCAUCCCGCCCUAG